AUGCAUGAGAUGAGGUCAUCAGCCGUUGACAACCUGAACAUCAGCCUGGAUGCCGUGUCGCCAGUGCUCUUCAGCGUCUUCAACCAUCAGAUGUUCAUGUCCAAUGAUCUCGUUUAUAACCAUUAUGCUAAUCUAACAAAUACGCACAACAACCCCAUCGCCAACAAUCAAAAUGUUCUUUCCUCAAAAAUUACGCCACGCAUCUCGGCUUCAUCAGCAGCAGCAGCAGCAAAAUCUCCCACAACAUUGUCGUCGUCGUCGUCUUCCUCGUCUACGCACAUCAAGAACAUUCAACCCAUCACCCUCGUUGAGAACAUUCCUUCAACGGUCGUCUGCACGGCUUCCGGUGGCUACCCCCUUCCCGACAUCACCGUUCAAAUUGCCAAGGAAGAUAGGACGAAUGAAUUUCUAUUUCACCACAUUGUCGCUUUGAUAGGUUCAAAGUCCAUGAGGAAAGUUCAGAUCACGAGUUAUCGCUGGAAGGAAGGAUUCGUCGUUGGUAGGCAGGAUGCUGGCAAGCUCCUUACCUGUGUGGCUACUGUGCCUGGCCUCAAACCACUGGUCCUGUCGGUCGUCAUCAGAGUGCAUUAUCCCCCGAUCUUGACUUGCGAUACAACAUUUGCCUCCCUCGGUGACCGCAACGUGCACUUGAGAUGCAUCGUGCAUUCGAACCCGCCACCGUUCACGACACAAUGGAUCAUCGACAACAACAACACCAAGGUAUCAAGCGGUGACGUCAUCAAUCAACAUUGGACACUCAUGACUUCAAUGUUUUCUCAAUUACAUGUUGAAAAUGACAUGGAUAGAUUUCAUGUUGAACUAGUAACAAGUAAUUCGUCUUUGAAUGAUAUCGAACCGAACGAAACAACGGAAAUCAAGUUGCACAUAGUGGAGGUCAGACAGGAAAAUUUUCGGACCUACGAAAUCAUGGUGACCAAUGAAGUGGGCACGCGUCAUCAUCACGUGACUCUCGUUCAAAAGGUGGUGACGUCAAACAAGGAGACGAUGGACGGAGACCGGUUGAAGACCAGAUUCCUUCUGAAGGAUCAAGCUCACGCAGACAGCCACAACAACCACACCUACCACAACCACAACAACCUUCAAACAUCUCACAGCGAUCACGUACUCACGCGAACGAAGAACAUACGAACGUCGCCAUUUUCAAAAGAUUAUAAAUCAUCAAUCGAGAUAAUGUCAACGUCAUUUUGGUACCAAAUGAUAUUCGCCGGCUUGAGACAUCUGAUUAUUAAAUUUUCAGUUGAACGGACGUGAAGCGAAAUUUAUUUUUAAUUUUCGUUUUAGAAUUCGAUAGAAAAAUUAUGAAACAGCUUCGUUCGGUAGGUGGAUUAUAUUUCAACGGACGCUUCCAACCUUUUGCUUGAGUUUAUCAUUUUGUAAAUUUUCAUGUAAAUAGAAAAAAUUAUUUUAAAACUUUA